AUGCCAUUUGAUCCAAAGUCCUACGAGAAUUACGAGUUCUUUACUGUUACCACUCUUAGUAAAGGUGUUGCACAUGUUCAAUACACCAACCCAAAGACUCUUAACGCCUACACUAAUCAAAACUGGAAAGAUUAUGGUGAAAUCUUGACUAGAUUGGACAAGGAAGAUGACAUUCUUGUAAUUGUCAUUUCAUCUGGUGUUCCCAAAUCAUUUUCAUCAGGAUUGAAUAUGAAGACCGCCAUGGAAAUGAGCAAAAAUACACCAAAAGAUGAUAAGGAAAGAUACAACUUGUAUCAUGACUACAUUAAAGAUUUCCAAGAUGCUUGUACUGUUCCAGCACGUAUUAACAAGCCAACUAUUGGUAUUUUGAACGGUAUUAAUUACGGAUUAGCUCUUGAUCUUGCCAGUGCUUACAGUAUCAGAAUUGGAGUUGAAGGUGCUCGUUUCUCUAUCGCUGAAGUCAAUAUUGGAAUUUCUGCUGAUAUGGGAUCGUUGCAAAGAAUGCCAAGAAUCACCAACAAUGCUUCAAAACUUAUGCAACACGGUUUACUUGGAGACGUUUUUGAUUUGAAAGAGGCUGUUGAGAUUGGGUACCUUAGUACUACCGUUAAAUCGGUUGAAGAAGGUAUCAAAUUAGCUGGUGAAUGGGGACACAAGAUGACGCAAUUCCAAAGAUGGGCCAUCACUGGUACUAAGAAGCAUAUUCAAGAUAUUUUGAAUGGAACCACUCAUGAACAAGGAUUGACUGAUAUUCGUGAACACAAUGCUGAGAAUUUCACCCGUGGUACAAAGUUAUAG